AUGGUCCAGUUCUCGAUCCAGUCCGCCGUCGUUGUGCUCCUCGGCGUCGCCUCAGGCGCUCGUGCCUGCAAGGGCCCGCCCGUCAACUCGGCCACCCUUGACCUUGUGGCCAACUUUGAAGGCUUCCGCGCCAACCCUUACACCGACGCCACUGGCCAUCCGACUGUCGGCUACGGCCAUCUCUGCAAGCAGUCCGGGUGCAAGGACGUCAAGUUCCCCAUCCCGCUGUCCAAGGCCGACGGCAAGAAGCUGCUGGCGCAAGACAUUGCGAUCGCGCAAAACUGCAUCACCUCAGACACGGCCAACCCCGUGACGCUCAACGCCAACCAGUACGGCGCGCUGGUGAGCUGGGCCUUCAACGUCGGCUGCGGCGCGGCUGGGUCAUCGACGCUCGUCUCGCGUCUCAACAAGGGCGAGAACCCCAAGACGGUCAUCGCCACGGAGCUGCCCAAGUGGAACAAGGGCAACGGCAAGCCGAUCCCCGGCCUCACCCGUCGCCGCAAGGCCGAGGUCGACCUGGCCAACACGGCCACCAACGACCCUGCCCUGCCGGCCAAGUGCUGA